AUGAAGUCAAUCGCCCGCCUCAGUCGUCCAGUCGGCUCCCUCCUGCGAUGCGCCGAGCGAGAGAGGACCUCCUGCUUUGCUCCCGGGGCUACGAGGCCGUUCCACAGCUCGCCUGCAAAGUUCGAAGACAAAGGUCCAGGUGAUGCGAAAGAAAAUUUGUCCUUUCGAGGACAGCUGUAUCAGAGCACCGCAGACCGAUUGAAACGUGAAAGAGCUUCAGAGGAACAAUAUAUAAAGGCAGCCAGCGGUCGGGGAGGAGGUGCUGGGGGCAGGACACUCAGUCUCAGUUUCGCCGCAGCUUUCUACCUAGGGAAGAGGGGCGAACGACCGCUCGACGCCUCUUCCACAACCCCUCUGUCCAAAGCACAGCCGCCUCAACACGAUACAAGAGCCUCCAACCUCCAAGCCGCUUGGGUCGAUUUUGCCCAAAUCGUGGGCAAGGAUAAUGUCUCGACGGUUCCCGAUGAUCUCGAUUCGCAUUCGGGUUCAGAAUGGUCCUCUUACACAACGAAGCCCAAUGAAAGACCGUUUGCUAUUGUAUACCCUGCCACCACCGAAGAAGUGUCCAAGAUCAUGAAAGUGUGUCACGAACGAAGAAUUCCCGUUACGGCACUCUCUGGCGGUACCAGUCUCGAAGGCCACUUUGCGCCCACACGAGGAGGAAUAUGCAUUGACAUGGCAAGAAUGGAUAAGAUAUUGGACUUCCGACCUCAAGAUUUGGAUAUCGUGGUACAACCCGCUCUUGGCUGGGAAGACCUGAAUGAAGAACUCAAAGGGCACGGCAUGUUUUUCCCACCGGACCCAGGCCCAGGAGCCAAGAUUGGGGGCAUGGUAGGCACGGGCUGCUCAGGAACAAAUGCUUACAGGUAUGGCACGAUGCGCGACUGGGUCGUCUCUCUGACCGUCGUCCUCGCCGACGGGACCAUCAUCAAGACACGAAGGAGACCCCGCAAAUCAAGCGCAGGCUACAACCUUACUCAGAUGUUCAUCGGCAGCGAAGGCACACUAGGUAUUGUCACGGAAGCCACUUUGAAGAUCACGGUCCUCCCUAAAAGCCAGUCCGUUGCCGUUGCGACUUUCCCCACCAUCCACGCCGCGGCGGAAUGUGUUGCGAGAGUUGUAGGGGACGGUAUCCAGCUUGCCGGGAUGGAGAUUUUGGACGAUGUGCAAAUGCGCUGCAUCAACAAAAGUGGAAUGACCAGCAGGCCAUGGCAGGAAGCUCCCACUCUCUUCUUCAAGUUUGCCGGGACAACUGAAGGCGUCAAGGAACAAAUCAAGAUCGUUCGGAACAUUGCCAAAGCAACCCACAACCAGAGUUUCGAGUUCGCAAAGAACGACGACGAGGCUGCAGAACUCUGGAGUGCAAGGAAAGAGGCCCUGUGGAGUGUCAUGGCGAUGCGGAAAAACAGCAGCGACCAUGUUUGGACCACCGAUGUGGCUGUUCCUAUCAGCAGACUGGCAGACAUCAUUCAGGAGACCCACGACGAUGUAGCCAAGAGCGGCUUGAUCGGUGGUAUUUGUGGCCAUGUAGGAGACGGGAACUUCCACACCAUUCUCCUCUAUAAUGACUCUGAGAGGAAGAUUGCAGAAGAGUUGGUUCAUCAGAUGAUCCGACGUGCCAUCGCCAUGGAGGGUACCGUGACGGGUGAACAUGGUGUUGGGCUGAAGAAGCGGGAGUAUCUCCGCGAAGAGCUAGGAGAGGAAACUGUUGAUGCAAUGCGCAAGCUCAAGCAAGCAUUCGACCCUCUAGGACUGCUCAACUGUGACAAGAUUGUCCAGGUCGAGGAAGGUCAUUGA